CGACAUUCCAGCUAGUGGUCAUACUUCAGAGACAUUCACUAUUUCAAGUUGAAACCGCGAGGUGGUUGUGUAGAGAGAUCGUCUGUGUAUUUACACCUGAACAUAUGUGUGACAGACGAGACGAGUGUACCUUCAACUCUCAACUCGAUUCUACACUCACAAUUCAAAACAGAGAGUAUCUGCUUCUGUUGGGGAACUUGGCUCGACGCCAUUUGCACGACUAUUGUUAAGGAAUUAUUAUACAUCUCCCUUUAAUUGUUGCAGAUAAUUUGUUGCAGAAGAUGUUGACCAACGAUGCCAAAAUGUGCCGAAAUCAAUCAUCCACUCCCUGGAAGAAGAAAGCCAAAUCUCCACAGAAACUCCAUCCAACAGUAACAGACACCUUGUUCCAACAAUAACAGACACCUUGUCCCUCCAGCCCCGUUUUCACUCGCGGUCGUACUUCGUGCUCAGGCAUUGACACUCACCACAUCACGUCUCGUCUCCCGACUGAAUCUAGAGACCAUGCACUGCCACGCCAUUGACAUGCACUCCAGCGCAAAGGAAGACGAGGAGCAGCAGUGAGAUCGUAUCGUGCCCUGGGAACGCAAUCCAGGACGAGGUGGAGGCACCUCCUGAAAGGACACGUGUCUCUUUGCUCCUAUCCGGGACGAGAUCCUGGAUGAGGGUAGCGAGUGCCUCAACCUGAAGCUCGUCACGAGGGCGGAGAUUGUUGACUGCGCUCACCGUGCUCGAACGAACGAUACGGAGAGGAAUAUCCGACAUAGAUUCAGGGAGCGUGAAGGGUGGAGCGAGAGAUCACUGAUGAGAUUCUGCUCUCUUCUCUCACGGCGUCGUUGGUCGGUCGCUUUUGUUGUCCGUCUGCGUGAGCAAGAUUUGUGUCUGUUGGCCUCACAGUUCCAGUGUCUGCGCACAGCAGCAGUGUCAGGUAGAGACGGAAUGGGAGGUUGCACCGGCAUUUGCUGCCCUUCAGGGUGUACAGAGUCACUGGAAUUUAGGGCGUGAAGUUGUUCGACAUGGACAUCGGAAGGGUGGUGCAAUCGAGUCGAGCGAUGACGACUUGGAGGCCUGUAUCAGCAAUUCCAAAGGUGGACAGGUUCAAAUUCGAUACAUUGUUGGGAUCUGAUUUUCCCAGAGGCAGUUUUCAAACAUGGAUGUCGCGGCCUGUUUCAGGUCGAGGAAACUUUUCGAUCCGCUUGCAGAGUUUCCAAUUGUCACGGAAUGCACGUCCGGGUGGCAAUCACAAAAUGUCGAGACUUUUGAUAGCUCCUGUCGUGAAUGCCGUUCGACCUGGAUCGGAAGAAACUCCUGCCACGGAGUUGAAAAGUCAACUAGAAGCCUUGCAGCUGGAGGCUUCUCAGGUCCGAGAUCGAUCUUACGGUGGCAGACAACAGUUCAAGGGCAAGAUUCAUGCGUCUUGCACAGGUAGCAGAGCACUUGCAGCAGCGUGCGCUUCUCAGCGUGAAACUUGGUAACGAGGGAACUGCUCGGCAGCUUCUUACGGAAAAGAAGAAAGUGAUGCGAGCGGCAGAGCUCAGCAAACAACGAUCUCAGCUUUACGAAGAGCUCUCCUCUAAGCUCAGUGAGGCUAUUUCUCGUAAGGAGACGCAGUUGAUAGUAGCCUUGUCAUCGUCAUCACCUGCGGUGGCCGUCGAUGAAGAGCCCACAGUAAGAGUGAUAUUUCCCACCGGAAAUGGUUCAGCUCUUGUUGAAGAAGUCUCAAAGGAAGAUUCGGAGGAACAAUCUUUUGAUCCUGACAUCAAUCAGUCAGCUCCUCAUCCUUGCGUUCCGGAGGAUGGGGAUGAAAAUUCAACAACGUUCACUGACUCGCGAAAAGAAACUGAUAAUGACGGUGAUGCAAACAGAGAUAUCCUACCCUCAACGCAUGCAGAAGCAGGAUUUGGUCCAGAACCUUCUUCGGAUAGUAAAUUGGUGAAAUCGUCCAAAGAUGAACUGGAACUGAAAGAGAUCUGCAUUCCAACGUCAACCGAGUCAGAAAAUAUUCGGAGGGAGUCAUUAGACGAGAAACCGCGUGUACAGGAGGAUCAAUAUAGUCCAUACUUACUGAGGGAACAGAUAGAAAUAGCUGCCUUUUCUAAAGAUUGUGAAGAGAGCCCCUUCAAUCUUCACAAGGAUGAAUCAGAAUCAUCAAACGAUGAAGCUUUUCUACAGGAUCAAUUUCCAGAGGAGCCAUGCUCUACGGAUGGAGACGAGAGUGCUCCUGUGGCCAUGGAUACAAAGGUGGAACUGCUUCAUGUUCGCGAGGAUGAAGCAGAGGCAAAGAAGGGCAUGGACGAGGAUCAAGAAGGAUGUAUAGUCGAUAAAGAGGAGCAGGAGCCCGCGAAAGUGGGUGAGCCUUCAGUCUUGAAGGAGUACCUGUUAGAUAUUAGUUCCCAAGUCGCUCAAGUGGAAUCGAAGUUGCAAGGCUUCCUGUUGACUGCAGACAUCCUUCUUGGCAGCGAAUCUGAAACUAAGGACGAGAGAGUGGUCCUAGUUGAGCAGCUGCUUGAGCAAGUUCAGAGCCUCAGAGCCAGGAUCGUCGAAGCCGUGGACACUUCGUCACAAGAACAAUUACAAUAGCAGUGAAGGUUGGUUACUCAAACCCAACUAAAACUAGGCUCGUGCCGUACCCAACUCCAAGUGCUGUAGUAUACAUCGGAGAGGUUUUAAGGGUGCUGUUUUUUUAAACAUAUAGAAAUCUGAAUUGGAACGAAAUAAGCAGCAAGUGUCACUAGUCAUUUCUUGAGUGUUAGUAACCAGUCGGAAUGAGUGCUAUUUUCGAUGAGAAUCACCAUGUGAUCCGUCCAUUGGCCUGAUUCUGCUCGUAUACUGGUGGCCCUGUAGAUUGGGAAGGUUAGGAUGAGAUUUGUAGGCUAUAUGUGUUCGGAGGUUUAGAAAUGAGCAGGGUUGUAAUGAGUGGUAAAUGUGAUCGGUCCCAAUCGGAACAGAAUUGAUUAACUUCGAAAAAAUCUUCGAAAACGUUUGAAGUCCAAACGAAGACUAGAGCAUUCCAUCGGACUGGAAGGCUCAGGUAGACAAUUUGAAGUCACUGCGGACCUGUCCGUAGAGAACAACAGCAGAUGCUCUAUCUUUACUCCCUCCCAACACCGUCUCUCAUAUGUUAAAGAUUAUUUGAGUUUGAGAUUUGUCGGCAGUAGGGUAGAUAUCUAAUCUCCAAUCUGUCGUCAAUUCGCAUAUCAUGUUUGUCCAGUGUUGUAUGUAAAUUUUGCUCGUCAUUUGCGCCCAUAUCAAUGCGGGGAGCUCUGAUGGAAGGCACAGGUGAACGAAAGCAGAGAUCUUCAAAACAUCGAAAAUACAAGCAAU